AUGGUCAGCAGGUGGGAUGGUUAUGGAACAAAUGCGGCAAACGGAGCAACUAUGAUUGUGGAUUAUAGCUACGCCAUGUUUGACUGUCUCGAGUUCGCGAUACAACCUCAACAAGUGAUUAUGAAUGGUGUUGAUGUGACGGCAUAUGCUUAUCGUAAUACUGAAAACUAUGUCUAUUUUGCUUUGGCUUGGUGGUACUAUAAUAGCAGAAUGGAUUGGCAAGGCACGACACCGGCCACCUUCUAUGCUGGAUUCCUCCAGCCAUGGACUGAUUUCUAG